UCUCUCUCUCUCUCUCUCUCUCUCUUCUCCUCGCGGGGCGAAACCAAACGCUCACGGGCUUCGCGUUCUCGUCCUCUCCAACCUAAAGGAAUCGAUGCCGAUCCCCGUACCUUCGCCUAUUUCUCUCCCUCCUCCAUGGCAUCUCCAUCUCCUCCAUUCGAUCCUUCGACCUCUGCAACCAAUUGCUGCCUCCACGAACCCUAGCGACCCCUCCCCUUCGAUCCCCGCAAAGAAGCCAUGGAUGACGCAAAAUCGGACGAGAAUGGGCCGACGAUCCGUCGGAAACGUAAAGAUUUCAAUCCGAGAAGCUAUCAGAUGAGGGUUCUUGAAGUGGCGCUGCAGAGGAACACGAUCGCGGUGCUUGACACGGGGACGGGGAAGACGAUGAUUGCAGUGAUGCUUAUGAAGGAGAUCGGGAGAAGGUUAAAAGAGAGCGGCGAAAGAGUUUUCAUCAUAUUUCUUGCGCCAACGGUUAUCCUCGUCAAUCAGCAAUACGAAGUGAUUAGGGACUAUACCGAUUUUGAUGUGGCAGAAUAUUACGGUGCUACGGGAACUGGAUACUGGAGUGCUGAGUCUUGGAGAAAGGAGGUCAGCAACAGAGAGAUUGUGGUGAUGACACCCCAGAUAUUGCUGGAUGCUCUGAGACAUGCUUUCCUGACUUUGGACAUGGUGUGCUUAAUGAUUCUUGACGAGUGUCAUCGUGCCUGUGGAGAUCAUCCCUACACAAGAAUAAUGAAGGAGUUUUAUCACAGGUCUAAAUGUAAGCCAUCCGUUUUUGGAAUGACGGCAUCUCCUAUAUCUAAGAGAGGUGCAUCCUCAUCUAGUGGCUGUCAAGAGCAAAUAUCUAAACUUGAAAUGAUUUUGGACUCGGAGGUAUAUACAGUAGAGGAUAGAUCCGAACUAGAAAAAUAUUCUCCUUCAGCUACACUUGUCAACAGAUACUAUGACGCUUACAAGUUCAAUAAUGAAAAGUUGAAAACUAAGUUGCACUCAUCAUUUGAGAAGAUUGAUGAUACUCUAGUUAGUUUGCAAAAGUCACCAUCCAAUAAAUUUAAAGACACUAAUGAGAUUCUAGAGGCUUCGAAAAAGAGCUUGUCCUGCUAUCAUGCGAAGAUUCUGUACUGCAUAGAUAAUCUUGGGCUUAUAUGCGCUACUGAGGCAGCAAAAGUAUGUAUUGAAAAUAUUCAUGCCCUAUAUGCUACAGAAGAAUUUGAGUUUUCUAAGAAGAGUUUAAAAUUAUAUCUCUGUUAUCUAGAAGAGGUCUUAUUGUCAAUAGAAGAAAUUCUACCACAGGGGUACUAUGAACUCAUAAAUACAGAAUGUGGUUCUCAGGAGUUAACUAGAAGAGGAUAUAUAUCUCCCAAGUUGGAUGCACUCGUCCAUACUUUCAGGUCAUUCGGAUCAUCUGAGGAAGUACUCUGCCUAAUUUUUGUGGAGAGAAUAAUAACAGCUAAAGUGAUUGAGAGAUUCAUGAAAAAAGAUAACAAUUUAUCUCAUUUUUCAAUCUCUUAUUUGACUGGAGGGAGUUCAUCGAAAGAUUGUCUAACCCCGAAGGUGCAGAGAUCUACUCUAGAGUUGUUCCGAGCUGGGAAGGUGAACUUGCUGUUCACUACAGAUGUGGCUGAAGAGGGAAUUCAUGUGCCUAACUGUUCCUGGGUGAUACGCUUUGAUGUACCGAAGACUCUUUGCAGUUUUGUCCAGUCUCGCGGCCGUGCUCGAAGAAGCAAUUCAUAUUACGUCCUUAUGCUUGAAAGGGGUAAUGUUGAACAACGGGAUCAGCUAUUUGAUAUUAUGCUGAGUGAAUAUUAUGUGCAGAAGUUUGCUUCAUGCCGAGACAAUAUCACUUCUUUCUCUGAUUUACCUUCUGAAGGGAAAUAUAGUUACCGUGUCGACUCAACUGGAGCAACAGUUACUGCAGACUCUAGUGUUAGUCUUAUACAUAAAUACUGCGAGAAGCUUCCAAAAGAUAGGUAUUUUACUCCAAAGCCAUUCUUUGAUAUAGUCGCAAAAGAUGGGUUAUACGAAUGUACAUUAGUAUUGCCUCCCAAUGCGGCAUUUCAAAGACUAGUAGGUCCUCUAAGCGACAGUCGUAACUUAGCUAAGCAGCUUGUGUCCCUAGAGGCAUGUAAAAAGCUACAUCUAUUGGGAGUACUUAGUGAUCAUCUCCUGCCUUUUGUUGAAGACCCAAUGGAGACCAAUUAUGCUGGAUCAGAUAAUUACACUUCAGGGGCAGGAACAACUAAAAGAAAGGAGCUUCAUGGAAUGACCAAUGUCUGUGCUUUAUCUGGAUCUUGGGCUCACAGACCUGAUAAUGUCACAUUGAAUGCAUACGGACUUAGUUUUGUUUGUGACCAAGAAGGCGAAAACUAUUCUGGGUUCAUUCUCUUGAUCGAGUCAACACUCGAUGAUGAUGUGGCAAGUGCAGAAAUUGAGCUUUUCUUGAUCCCCGAUAAGACAGUCUACACAUUUGUUUCUCCAUGUGGGAAAAUCCAAUUGGAUAAAGAACAGGUGGAAAAGGCAAAACUAUUUCAGGAAUUUUUCUUCAAUGGAAUAUUUGGCAGAUUAUUUAGGAGAUCUAGAUGUGGCGUACAAAGAGAGUUCCUCUUCAGGGAGGGACAUAAAAUAUUGUGGAGUUCUUUCAAUAUGUACCUGCUUUUACCCCUCAAGCCCUCACAACUUUCGCAUGCCAAUACAAACAUAAAUUGGGCGGUCAUUGAUGCAUGCUCAUCUGUUGUGGAAUACUUGAGAAGUAUAUACUCAUUAGAUGGUGAAUACUGUCCUGGAAGUUCAUCUACUGCCUUAAACUCAACUGGAACACUUUCUGAAGAGAUGAUACACCUGGCUAAUAAACCUCUUAAUAUUUGGUGCCUCAAAGAUUCAGUUGUCUUGUCCAUUCACACUGGGAGGAUAUAUUCUGUUCUUGAUGUGAUAUAUGAUAGUACUCCAGAGAGCUCAUUUGCCGAGAUGUCUGAUGAGAAACCCACAUCGUUUGCAUCAUUUGCGGACUAUUAUUACCAAAAGUAUAAUAUUGCACUUCAACAUCCAGGACAACCACUAUUGUUAUUAAAGCAAAGCCAUAACCCCCAUAAUUUACUUUUUGCAAAAUCGAAGUAUAAAGAUGGUUCUACCGGUGAAAGGAUACUGGUAGAGAAGGAACAGGUUCAUGCCCGUAUACCACCUGAACUGUUGGUCCACAUUGAUAUGUCAGUUGAUAUUUUGAAGUCAUUUUACUUAUUACCUUCUGUAAUGCAUCGACUGGAGUCCUUGAUGCUGGCCAGUCAGCUUCGUCUAGAUAUUGGUUGCAGUGAUAACAACACAAAUAUAUCAAGUUCUCUGAUCUUGGAAGCAAUUACUACUUUAAGAUGUUGUGAAAAUUUCUCUCUGGAGCGGUUGGAACUGUUGGGGGACUCGGUGCUAAAAUAUGUAAUGGGUUGCAAUUUGUUUCUUAAAUAUCCUAAGAAGCAUGAAGGGCAACUUUCUGAUCAUAGAUCUCGGGCAGUUUGCAACUCAACACUUCAUAAACUUGGAACAAGCCGCGGCUUACAGGGUUAUAUACGAGAUAGUGCAUUUGAUCCACGGCGUUGGGUUGCUCCUGGGCAGAUUUCAUUGCGUCCUUUCCCUUGCAACUGUGGAGUUGACCUUAUGUGCGUGCCUAUGGAAAGAAGGUAUAUCACAGAAGAUAGUUCUGUCGUGCUGGGAAAGCCAUGUGAUAAGGGCCAUAGAUGGAUGUGCUCUAAGACAAUCGCAGAUUGUGUCGAGGCUUUGGUAGGAGCAUAUUAUGUUGGUGGUGGUUUAAGUGCUGCACUAUCUCUGAUGAGCUGGCUGGGAUUCAACGUCACAUUUACCACUAAAUUAGUGCAGGAUGCCAAGUUCAGUGCAUCUCAUCUGCCUUACUUUUUGAAAAAAAAUGACAUUGAGGAACUGGAAUCAAAACUUAAUUACAGAUUUUCAGUUAAGGGCCUGCUGUUGGAAGCAAUAACACAUCCGUCUCUGCAAGAGCUAGGGAUUGACUACUGUUACCAGCGCUUUGAAUUUCUGGGCGACUCUGUACUGGACUUGCUCAUCACAUGGCAUCUUUUUAUAAGCUACAAGAAUAUAGAUCCUGGUGAGUUGACUGACAUGCGUUCGGCCGCAGUUAGUAAUGUAAAUUUUGCACAAGCUGCUGUACGAAAUAACUUUCACCACCAUCUUCAACAUGGUUCUGGAAUACUCUUGGAUCAAAUAACAGAAUAUGUUAAGUCCAGUUUGGAAUAUGAUGGAAAUGAGGAUGUGCUUCUACCACUUUCUACUCAUAAAGCUCCCAAGGUUCUUGGAGAUAUUAUGGAGAGUAUAGCUGGGGCAAUAUUUAUUGACGCUGAUCUUAAUCUCGAUAUGGUAUGGCAGAUAUUCAAACCGCUGCUUUCCCCUAUCAUCACCCCUGAUAAGCUUGUGCUGCCCCCUUGGCGUGAAUUGAUUGAGCUUUGCAGUCAUCUCGGCUUUUUUAUAAAUACACAAUGCAAAACUGGAGAAGAGGUUGUUGCUGAAAUUUCAGUGCAAUUGGGGGAUGAUCUGUUGAUAGCACAUGGACAUGACAAAAAUAGAAAGGGCGCAAAAGCAAAAGCAGCCCUCCAUAUUCUGAGGGACCUGGAAAAAAAGGGAAUAUCACAUACUCAUAAUGUGCAUGAAAGGAUGCAAAAGGCGGAUAUCUCUAGUGAUCUAUCCUGUAAUCUGAUCUCAAAUUUAGGGCCAUCUCCAGAUUAUUCCUUUGCCGAGAACAAUUGUUUGUUAGAUGACUAUUCCAGGCAGAAACAGCGAGUUAAUCUUUCACUUAAAAUGGAGAAGGGAGGUUCGCGAACUGCUCUAUUUCAGCUUUGCAAGAUAUUUCAGUGGCCAAUGCCAAAAUUUGAAUUCACAGAACGGAGGUUCAGAACUCCUAUCAUUAUCGAUGGGGUAGCCACACCAAAUUUCAAUAGUUUCACCUCCGCUAUCACGCUGCACAUACCCAACUCCAAGGUUGUUACACUGCUGGGGGAGGACCGAACCGAUAAGAACGCCGCGAAAGAUUCAGCUGCACUCGCCAUGCUUCUCAAGCUUCAACAACUUGGAGUCUGUGUACUCGAGAAACUGUAGAAGAUCCUUGUGAAGGAUACCAUCUUUUUCAAGCCAAAAGGUGAGCGGUUGAUAAACCCUCGUCACUCUCCAAAUUUAUUACCGCUAUUCCGUUUACUGCACUGAUAUAGGAUGCUGCAUCUCGUAGUAUGCUUUUGUGAUUAAUUAAAAGUGGUUUGACAACACUUUAAAUCAUGUAUUUAAAGAAACUCAGAAAAAAUCCGCUUUAAGUUUUACACUGAAACAUUGUUUACCUUUUCACUGCCGCGAUAUAGCCUACAUAAAAAUUAAUUACCAUCUCUCAGCAAAUCCUCAUGUACAUUUCACAA